GAGAAUCGUCAGUUGAACGCAAAGUUUCAAUAUCGCAAGAUGAAAGCUUCAUUCGCCCUGCUGCUGCUAGGUGUGACUAUGGCGCUUGCCAUACCAGUGACAAACAUAGAGAAGAAGUCACUUUCCGACCUGGACCAGGAAAAAAUUAACCUGGAAGAAGCUAGCGACGACACGGACAGAGAGAAAAAGGCCACCCUCUGCCUAGACAUCCGUACUGGCGAACAAGGACCCUGUGAUCAGCAGUCUCAAUCGGCACCUCAAGUUCAGACCUUCAACUUCCAAUCGGCUCCGCAGCCUAUGCAGGCUAUGAGUGUGAUCCCAGCUCCUCAACUGAUUCCGCAACAGUCCUACGUGAUUCCUCAGCAGGUGGUUCCACCUAUCAACACUUUGCAGAUCGUCCAGCAACCUCAGCCUUGCGCACCCCAAGCGACCCUGAACAUCAUCGACACCAAGCCCGAGGAAGAUGUAACCGAAGCUCCAGAACUAAUUGAAACACCAAAGUUUGAGAUCGCCACCCUACCACCCACCCCCGUCACCGAACCACCUCGUCGAGAACCAUUGUCCGACUACGUCGAACAACCCUACGACGAGAUGGUCGUUGUCCCGCCGAAGCCUUUGGUCGUGAUGUCUGAACCAACAAUGUUCGGGAUCCAUCAUUGCCAUCAUCGUUCUCAACAUGGUUAUCCGUCUCAUGUCUCUCAGUGCACCUGCAAACAACAGGCAAUGGCUGCUGCCACGGCUGGCCAUAUGGGACCAAGUCACCUGCACUUCAUGGCGAUGAGGUCGAACCCUAUGAGAAAUUUCUACUACAACUAGGUGAUCGCUGACAUGCAGUAGAAGGAAACAGAUGCAACCCAUGAAAUCUGAGGGCUUCUGUGGAGAUACUGUCGAAGUGAUAUAUUGAAAAUUGCUAUGAGAUCUUAUUUCACUGUAUGCAUUUCUGCACAGUUUUGUUCGAAUAAAAAGCAAUACAAGAUGAUA